AUGUCGUUUAAUCUUCAGCGUAGUUUGACUUCAAAUGUCAAUAAGCAAUAUUGGGGUGCUCCUAGUUCCUCCGUUGAUUGGUGCGAGAUGAAUUACGAGGUUACAACUUUUAUCGCUGAAUACUUCAAUACUAUAUCCUCUUUUGCUAUGGCAGUGGUAGGUAUGCUGGGCGUAGUUCUCCAUCCGUGGGCAGAGAUGCGUUUCCAUAUGGCAUUCCAAACCACUGUUGCUGUAGGCUUAGGCUCAGUAGCAUUUCAUUGUACUCUUGGAAAGUUUUCACAGGCUUUGGAUGAAGUUCCCAUGCUAUACUCUGCUCUUGCAUUCACGUAUAUUGGUAUCUGUGAACGAUACAGUCCAUCAGCAAGGGUCCGUCGUUUUCUUGCAAUCGGACUCACGUUUCACGCCAUAUUUACCACUUUGUUGGUCACUAUGUCUGAAGGCUUUUGGCAAUUCUUUCUUUUUCAUGUAAGCUUUGGAACUGCUCAGUUGUUUGCCAUUGUUCAGGUCAUCUGCAUCUAUCGCGACCGUGAAAUUCCUCAUCAGUUCAAGUCCGGAAUUAUCCAACGCAGCGAAAUAACCGAAUCCAGCAAACAUCGAAAACAUACUCAUGAUCGUAAAAUCAGUUUGGAAAAUGCAAUCCUGUCUGAAACCAAACAGCUUCUCAAUACUCAUCACGACUGUGCCGACUCUAUAUCUGACCAUUCAGUCUAUGACAAUCAGCGAGCAUGUGCAAAUGACCCAGUUGCUUUAACUUUCCAGCGUGGCAUCUUGUCAUACGGCGUGGCCACUUUUUGUUGGUUGACUGAUAUGCUUUUCUGUGAGCUCGUGAAUCCUCAUUAUAAGGGUGCGAUUCUUCCUUUUAACCCACAACUUCAUGCUUGGUGGCAUAUAUUCGUCUCAAUAGGACUGUAUCACUUGGCACUCUUGACACUUGCUGCUCGUGUGGAUUCAAAAUAUGGUGCUGGACGUGCUGUUUUGAGAUUUUGGUUUAAUAUUAUACCUUAUAUCAAGAUUGUGCCCAAGCUGCCUGACACUGCAUUCGCGGCAAGACCAUCUGUCAAAGUUGCCGAUGAAUUGGAUUAA